AUGGUGCUUUCGAUUGCACUUUUUAUUCCUGAUUGCGUCACUUGUGGCGUUGAUUGUGAAGGUGCACUGCAUGUUGGAUUUCUGAGGAGAGGGGAUCCUCUGCUCCGAGGAUUCCCGUCGUUGGUUGUUCAGAUUCGUGGCUUUGUUGUUCGAAGUUGGAGAGUUGCUCUGGAUUUAAGGUAUUGGAUUUGUUGGGGAAAUGUUUGCUCCGGUUCCGGAUGGGGCAUGCGAGGGAAGUGGAGUUUCGGCACCGAUUUUGAUUCCUCAUUGCUUCGUGUGGCCUCAUGGUGGAAGAAGGGUGUUUCUAAGUGGUUCUUUCACGAGAUGGUCAGAUCAUAUAGCUAUGUCUCCGAUGGAGGGGAACCCUGCCGUUACAAAUUUAAUGUAGAUGGUGAGUGGCGGCACGAUGAGCAGAAGCCAUCUGUAAGUGGAAGCUUUGGAGUAGUAAAUACUUUUUAUUUAGGGAGAGAACCAGAUAUCUUACCCUCCAUCUUAAGUACGGCACCUGGUAGAUCCCACAUGGAGGUAGAUAAUAUGGAAACUAAUCCCAGGAUGCUUGUGUCCGAUCUGGAGGUCUCUCGGCACCGCAUAACUGUAUUCCUGUCUACACAUACUGCCUAUGAUUUGCUUCCUGAGUCAGGGAAGAUCAUUGCCUUGGAUAUAAAUUUACCUGUUAAGCAAGCAUUCCAUGUUCUUUAUGAACAGGGCAUAUCUAUGGCUCCUCUAUGGGACUUUUGCAGGAGCCAGUUCGUUGGAGUUCUUAGUGCAAUGGACUUCAUUUUAAUACUGAAAGAGCUGGGAAAUCAUGGUUCAAAUUUGACUCAAGAACAACUUGAGACUCAUACAAUAGCAGCCUGGAAAGAGGGAAAAUUACAGCUAAGCAGAACACUUGAGAGUAAUGGAGGAUCAUAUCCCUGGCAAUUUGUUCAUAUUUCCUCUUCAUCUAUAAGAGGGCAGGAGGUGUCAACCAUCCCUAUCAUCCAUUCUUCUUCAGAGGAUGGUUCAUUUCCUCAACUGCUACAUCUUGCUUCCCUAUCAGGAAUACUGAAAGGUAUAUGCAGACAUUUUAAGCACUCCUUGAGUUCUUUGCCCAUUCUUCAACUUCCAGUAGGUUCAAUACCUUUGGGUACAUGGAUGCCUACAGUUGGGGAACCAAAUGGACGGCCACUAGCAAUGCUGAGACCAAGUGCUUCUCUUGGUGCUGCUCUGUCAAUGUUUGUUGAAGCUAAGGUUAGCUCAAUACCUAUUGUGGAUGACAAUGAUUCAUUACUUGACAUUUAUUCAAGAAGCGAUAUUACGGCCUUGGCUAAAGAUAAAGCAUAUGCUCGGACAUCUCUGGAUGAAAUUAGCAUUCACCAGGCAUUGCUUUUGGGACAAGACGCAAAUUCUCCUUAUGGGCUUUACAACGGUCACAGAUGUCACAUGUGUCUGAGAUCUGAUUCGUUGCACAAAGUGAUGGAGCGGUUGUCUAAUCCUGGGGUUAGGAGACUUGUGGUUGUGGAGGCUGGCAGCAAGCGUGUGGAAGGAGUUAUUUCUUUAAGUGAUGUGUUCAGAUUCUUGUUAGGCUGGUUGUGA